UUGUCUGUUUAAUAUAGUUUGCUAAUAUUGGUUUGAAGCUAAAAGUGAGAUGACAUGCAUUUGGUGUGACCGAAUUUAUGUUCCUUGUCUUCUGUUUAACCCUUCUUGUAAUUUUGCAUAUAACUCUCUCAUAUCAUCUGUACCUACAAGCUACAAUAGUUAGAUCCUUAGCUCUUUAAUUUAUGAUCUUACUUGAGCAGGUCAAUGCACAUGUUCUUUAGUUUAUAACAUUAUUUUAACCACCAAUAAAAGGAAUCAUCAUAACUAAAUUAUUCUCUGUUGCUUCAGGUUCGCUAAGCCUGGCCGACGAAAGUUGCUGUGCAAGUUAAUGAUGCUCCCUUCAAGUAAUGGUACUUGACUCAUAAUUGAGUGUACAUCAGUCGGAAGAAGAAAACCCCUGCUGCUGUACUAUUCUUUCAGAACGCAAAACUCUACUUUUUCAUUAAAUAACAUGUAUCAAUUCUGUGUGAUUAACUUGUUUAUCAUCCGUCUUUGCUUAUUUAGAUUUUAUGCUAUCAACAAACAUAUUUCUUAAAUACCUCUUUCAUAGGUUAAAGGCUCUUAGUUCGUUUGAUUUACACAGAUUGGUUUAUAUGUUACUGAUAAUGUCUACAUGCUGCAUUGUUUUCCAGAAAACAAAGUUGUUUAUAUAGUUCCAUUUUCUCUUUGAUUCAAUUUAAUAUUUUCUCCAGCUUUUGUAACAUGGUUCAUAUGGGCAUGGAUAAGAGGGCUGCUGCAGUUGACACAGGAAAAUAAAGAAGAAAUAACGAUCAAGGCACGGGUAAUGAUUGUUGCGUUCUAUAAACGGUGACUGCUGGUUGAUGUCAAAUUAACUCAUGCAAUGGUCUAAUCUACCAGGCUCGAUGAGUUCACCGGAGCCAAGAAUGGAGGUCGAGCAAAAACCUGUUCUUGUUGGUAACACUAACGAGCAGGCCAUUCCUAGAAAGGAUGAGCAAGCUGUUAAACCCACCAUUUCACUCGAUUCAAGUGUUAUCAAUCUACCAAGUGAUGUACAAGGCCAAGCUGGAACAUCCAACAUAGGUGGGGAACAUAAUGCUGCGUAUCCACAACACUUGUAUUCCCCUCAGGCACAGCCAUUCUAUUACCAAGGUCCAGGAUAUGAGAACCCUCCAAAUGAAUGGGAUGUAUAUCCUCCCUAUGCGAGUGCUGAAGGAUUGGAAGUGGGUCCAGCAGUUGUAUACAACGAGGACCCUUCAAUGAUGUACCAUGGUGGCUAUGGCUAUGAUCCUUAUGCUCCUUAUUCUCCUAUCUCGACACCGGUACCGGCUGGUGUUAGUGGAGAUGGGUGAGACAAUGAUGCCAAUUGACCCAACACAAGGAGCUUUUAUCGCUGACACUCUGAGUCCAAACAGCUUCCUUUUUGGGCCAAGAC